AUGUCUCGUGGAUACCCUGGUCCGCCUCCAGACUAUGCUCCGGGAUAUGGCAAUCCCGAGUAUGCUCAUCCUCCUGAUGGUGUCGUGCAAUCGAGGCUUCCAUCGUCAACAGAUUCCAACCUCAACUGGUAUAUGGACCCAUCACAUCCAAACUCAGAAUACGCUACGAGCUCGCACAUGCACGGGGCACCUGGCAGUCAAUCACUAUCCAGCUAUGCCGGCGAGAAGAGAAGGAAUAAAUUAGGUUAUCACCGUACCUCUGUGGCAUGCAAUCAUUGCCGUCGACGAAAAAUUCGAUGUAUUCCAUCGCCAUCCGACUUUCACGGACGGUGCACAAACUGCAUCCGAUUGAAAAAGGAGUGUAGCUUUAUCCCUACCGAUCAACAAGCAAGCGAACAGUCCAGAUCAUAUGAUCCGCAUUCCGAUGGCGGGAUUGCUUCGAAUACAUCCUCUCCAGGCCCUCCCGGGAUGGAAACGAAUUCAGACUAUUCGAGUCAUGUUCACCCUGCCUUCCUAAGUUCCCGCGCUCGAGAUGAUGACAUGAAACGGGUUUCGAACUUGGCUGAACUCUCAAAAGUCAGUAGGGGUGGGAUGCACGCUGAUAGCCGCUUCGACUUUGGCGACCAGACAUCCCGAGGUUAUGCGCCGACAAGUCAAAAUGCACCGAUGCAUCUCGGUGCUACCAAUGCGAACGAACAUUGGAGACGACAGCAUUCUGGCUCCACCACGAACGAUCCAGGGCAAGGGAGGUCAUUUGCCCCUGGAACAGCCCCCCGGCAAGAUUUGGGAUGGAGAGGGCCGUUACCUCCAGCACCCGUUUUUGGGGACAAGGCCAUGGGAAGCUCUGGGCGUAUAGGAAGUGCCCCUUUACGUCCAGGCCUUGAUGCAAACCCCCCCUCUGCCCCGAAUUACGCAGAUGCAAGUAACGCGCCAAUGGGGGCACCGAUGCAUGACGUGCCUAUCCCAUAUCCGCCCAUGCAGCCAAGACCGUUGCCCUCGCAAUCAUUGGGAAGAUGGCACCGCCAAGAUUCUGCUUCUGAACCUCAGUCAGGCUAUCCACCAUGGAUGUACCCACACGGCAGUUCGGGGAAUGCAAUGCCUGGCAAUGGCUCCUCGGAGAACUGA